GCUCGGGCAGCGCGCCCCGGGCGAGCGGCGGGCGCGGUGCGGGAUGGAGCUGAGUCUCGGCGUGCAGAAGAUGUCGGUGAGCCAGCAGUCAGGAAGAGGUGUGCCUUGUUUAUGCUGCAGAGGGAAAUGCACGGGCUUUGAGCCACAUUCUUGGAGGAAAAUCUGCAGGUCGUGUAAAUGCAGCCAGGAGGAUCAUAACCUGAGCUCGGAUGUGGAAGAUGAUCGGAAAAUUGGGCGCUUGCUGUCAGACUCCAAAUAUGCUACACUGACUGCCCGAGUGAAAGGAGGUGAUGGUGUUCGCAUUUACAAAAGGAACCGCAUGAUCAUCACCAACCCCAUUGUCUCUCGGAAAGAUCCCACCUUUGACACCAUUACAUAUGAGUGGGCUCCACCGGGGCUCACCCAGAAGCUGGCCAUGCAGUACAUGGAGCUGAUCCCAAAGGAAAUGCAGCCAGUGGCAGGGACGGAAGGGGCAUACUAUCGCCGGCGGCAGCUGAUGAGACAACUCCCAUUGUAUGACCAGGACCCGUCCCAGUGCUGCAGCCUCACGGAAGGCGAGCUGAAACUCAUGGAAGACUUUGUGAAGAAGUACAAAGCUGAUGCCCUGGGUGUUGGGGAGGUGGCACUGCCAGGCCAGGGUGGUGGCGGUGGGAAGGAGGAGGGGAAGCCUCAGGACAAGAGCAUUGCUGCCAGCAAACCACCUGAGUCCACCAAUGGAGCCCUGGAGCACACGCCUGCAGGAGGGCACUACCGCUGCGAGACUUGCAAGCAGACGGUGCCCGGGGACUGCCCGGUGGUGUACGCCGACAGGGCGGGUUACUCCCGGCAGUGGCACCCAGCGUGCUUCGUGUGCUGCCAGUGCUCUGAGCCCCUCGUUGACCUCAUCUACUUCUGGAAGAGUGGGGCUGCCUGGUGUGGGCGCCACUACUGCGAGAGCCUCCGGCCACGCUGCGCUGGCUGCGAUGAGAUCAUCUUCUCGGAGGACUACCAGCAGGCAGAAGGGAAGGCCUGGCACAAGAAGCACUUUGCCUGCCUGGAGUGUGAGACACUGCUGACUGGCAAACCCUUUAUUCUGGACAAUGCCAGCCUCCUCUGCACAACCUGCAGCAACAGCAAACGCCUCUGAGCAGGGAGCAGCUAGGGGGCAAGGCGGGCUUCCCAAGGUCCUACCAGGACUAGGGUCAUUUGACAAGUACACAAGAAGGGGAAGGUUAGAAAAAAAAAAAUAGAGCCUGGCUAUUCACUUGCAAGCAACUAAGUGCAGAAGAAUAUUUCCUUGGAGAGAGAGCAAAGGAAAUUCUUAUGCCUGGGGGUGGGAGAUAUACAGCAUAUCUGACUAGGAGGACCUGAAAAAGAGGUUCUGUUUUGUGGUGUUUUUCAUAAAGUCUCUCCAAGCUUCUUCUGACUAAGAUCUUGCAAUAGUCUUUGGAAAGAACACAUCUCAAAAGUAGGUUUUGGCAUACUAAAUCUAUGGUCAUGGUCAGAAACAAAGGCUGGUUUUUUCUGAAGUCCAUACUGGAAGUUUACACUAACAGACUGCUGAUAACUGUACUAAAGCAGUAGGUUUGAAGAAUUUGAAUAACCGAGGUGAUUACUUUCUGAAAGCAAAUUCUAGAAAA